UCGCGGAGCUUACGCUCGUAUGGUGGACAGAUGAACAUACAGAAAAAGAGAAGUUCAUCAGCUUUAAAAGCGGCCUAUAAGCAAGUGCCCUGGCAGCAACCUUGAAAACUAAGUAUGACUGAAAAUGCCGUUUUUCUGGCGUAAUUGACUCCAUAGUUAGUGGCCAACUAUGGACGGAUGAAAAUUGAAAAGCAGCAGCAUUCGUGGUAAAGAUCUGGAAAAUGUAGAGCAAGAAUAACAUAUAGAAUCCACUUCAACAAACAAAGUCAGCAGUAGUGGAACUACAGAGCUCAUUCGAAUCUCAAUCUGCAAAAGAAAAAGACGAACUUUUGCAAUGAAAAUUAUCUGUUACGCAUAUUGUGAAUAGUUUGAACCACUUUUUUGGUGAUUUACACAUGAAAAGAAUCGUCGACACUGGAAUAGAAUUUGCCAUUCACUCCGAAAACGUGAACAUUGAAUCAUGCUGCAGAAACAAGAGCCAAUAGUUUCAAGUGCAGGAAUCUGAAAAAAGUUGCACAAGAAAAAUGACAAAUUGUGAGCGGCUAUGUUGUUCCGGAAAGCUGGAAUGGGGAUUGUGUGAAGUACAAGACAAGAGACCACUUACGGAAUGCCUGCACUUUAGCUCUCUUUUCAGUGCAUGACCCCUGGGAGAGGUGACCCGCUCCUUAACUAUGGCAACUUUUCCGAGCUGUAAUGUUUCCCCUGUGAAUCUGAUACUUUACUUGCCAUCUUCCAUGCUUCCUUCUCGACAUGGCCGUGUUUCAUGCUCGUUCUCCCAUGUCUUUAACAUUAUAAAUUACAUGCUUAAUCCUUUCCAUUUUAUCCAACUUCUCCUAGUCCAUACACAAGCUCUAAAACAACAUUUUAGAUUAAAUUGAAAUGGCAAGCCAACAGCCUCGCCCAGCGUGGUUUCGAUUGUCUGCUCUAGCUAGACGUCCUCCUGCAUCAGCUCCUGCUCCACAACCAGUCCCUGCUCGUCCACCACCUCCACCUCAACCUGUAGCUCGACCUCCUAUUAGGCCCCCAAUUCCACCAACUCAAACUCAAGAGCAAGUCCCUCCACCGCCCCCUCCCCCAGCUUCAUCCCCUCCUCCCGCUGCACCACCCCCAUCUCCUCCUGCACCAGCUGCAGCUCCAACAAGGUCUCCAGUUACACCACCUGCCUCAGCUGUAACUCCACCAAGAUCAUAUCCAGUUGCCACACCUCCUCCUCAACCAUCUUCACCAAGGCCUACAGCCAUAUCACCACCCACUGCUGCCUCUGCUCCACGGUCUCCUGCAAAGACUGCAGCGCCACCUCCUGCUACCCUGUCCUCGUCACCAACUUCUACAGUCCAAAAAGAAACCUUGGCCACUUCAACAAGUGCUCCAGCAUUAUCUUCUAACGUACCUGCAUCUCCUAAAACAAAAGCAGUGCCAAAUUCUCCUGUCCCAAAACCUAUUGCAGCUGCAACCUCCAGUGAAACAGUCAACGGCAAGGCUGCUGCACCAGUAUCAUCUCCAAAAAUAGUCAAACCUUUGGAAAGGACCUCAGAACAAUCUCCUAAAACUAAGCCUCUGUCUCAUCAUCCAUCCUUCUCAAUGCUACGACCUGCUCAAGCAAAGACAGACAACAAGCAUGAGCCGAUAAUUGAGCAAAAAACUGUUCUGGUGCAGCAAACCAUUGAGAAGCCAAUGAAAAUGUCCAGAGCUCAUAAAAUUGAUGGUACUGCUUCCAAUGGAAAGAGAGAACCAAUAGAACACAAGCAACUUCCCUAUUCUGACGAGUCGGGAGUGAGGUUGAUCACGCUUGCAGGAGAAAACAAAGGCGCUGUAAUGGAAUUAAGUCCCGCUAACAAGAAAAUUUACUCUCUGGACAAACUUCACAGCCUGCGGAUGAACAAAGAUGCCAAGUCCCAGGGUCCUAAUGGCAAUCAAUCAAGCAAUGAGAGUGGCGAAGGAGGAAAAUCUAGCAACAAGGACAAAAGUAACAGGGCUGUGAAAAUGAAGUAUCCAUCAAGAUCAUUCUUAAAUAGCAACAUUCAGGGAUUAAACAAUUCCAUUCUCUACAACUCUAGUUUUCGACAUAAUGAUCCCGGCAUCAACAUCUCUGUGGCAACAAAGGACGAUGGAGGCCGCUCCAAAGGAUGAAGCACCAUGAAGAAAGAACUUACACAGCUCGUGAGUUAUCAGCCCUUUAUUUUUGGUUAGCUCAUCAAAUAAAAUACCUUAGUAGAUCAUGGAAUAACAAACUCAACUUGGUCGUGUUUCUAGAGGAGGUAACUCAAGGAUAUGCAUCUUACCCUGUUUAAGCAUGAACAAAAUUAUUAUGUACUGUGCUGUAGUUAGAAUUAAGUGAGCUAUGUUUGAUUAUUGUCUCUAAAGCUAGAGGUCGCAUCCAGGAUACUUUUAUUGAUGAAACAAUAGUUUCAUGUCAGGGACUGUUCAAGAUACAUGUCUCUCUCUCCCCCAUCCAACAAAAAAUGAGCGGAAGACAAAUAUAACAUAGUAGUAUGUUCUGAGAGUAACAUGCAUGUCCAGCAUUUGCAUACAAGAUUCUUAUUCCUAUAUGCAACUUUAAUUGCUUGAGAAAAAUUCUACCCUCUGUAACAUACUCAACUAUUCAGAAAAAGAAAAAAUAACGAGGAACUUCUCAAAGUGCACGAAGGAAAUGAUUCCGAAUUGCUAGUUCAAUAUCUUAUAAGAAUCGAAAUCAUUUAGAACACCUCAAAGACACAAAGAUAUAGGGAAAAAACAAAGAGUCAACACUUUAUCGAAUUAAUCAAAUGAAGGCUAAAGCAGGAAUAAGAUCAAGAACAGGGAGACUAGGUAUGAAGAUUGUACACAAGACUCAUUAUGAAGUACAAAGCCUGCAAAGUGAAGACUUCCAUAAUUAAAUAAUGAAGUUGAAGGAAACAAAGGUGAAAAUGGACAACAGAAUCAACAUCCUGAGCGUCACAGUACAUCUGAAUCUUGAUUAAUAUUCACCUUCACAUUCAGUUUAAUGUUACAUUUGAAGUUAGAACUGAAAACAUGUUUUAGAAUCAUAUCUCAUUGAAUUUGUAAAACUGGAAUCAAACUUGAGUCAUAUACAUUGCUACUUUUCUGAAAGAUCUUCUACAUCUUUGAUAAGCCUCCAUAAAAGUUUGAUAAAUUCCCCCUUAUUACCUCAAUUGCUAUAGUUUAUUCAACUCACUCUUGAAUUGCACUUGCAUAUACAUAGUCGAGGUGAACAAGGGAACACCCCGAUACACACAGAACAACAUUGAAGCUUAACCAUAUAUAUCUAUAUUGAUUUUUGACUUGUCAGUCUAAAUAAUAGUAAUUCUUGGAAAACAUCAAUGCUCAUACAACAACCAACUUAAAACUAGCUUAUUUGUUACCCUAAAAUUUCCAUAGUUUUUUGAAAGAUUUUAAUGCAAAAUGCGAGAUAAUUGUACACAUAUAAAGCAACUGAAGGGGAUAAUGUUGGUAUUAUGCUGGUAUGUUAGCAUUCCUUUUAGUUUCUAUCAUUUUGUUAUACAGAGAUCAGUUACCAUUACAUGGCAAAACCCACAAAAGCAAAAUGUAGGACCUUUUUGUUUUAAUGAAUAACAUAAUUAUGGGGACAGGAAGAUUAUGGUAUUACAUUUAAUGAUUUAGGCUUAUGGAUAUUAAUGUGUGGCAUACCUAUCUACUAAUACACAUGGACCAGAUCAGAUAUUUGAUAUCCUGAUAUGGAAAAAGAUCCUUAUCCAUAUGCCCAUAGCAGUUUCUGAAAUCAUCUCAUGCACAUUUCAAUACUUUUUGCGGCACAUUGUUGGACUGAUGCACCCAGCUUGGUGAUGCUGCUGCUGUUGCUCAAUUCCACCUUGAUGCUGGAUAAUUUCUAAGUCCCGUAAGAGGCGUCUUUUCCUUUGUAUAAUCGUUUUUUCCUUUCGCUCUGUUUUUGUGCUAACUGUUUAUUUUUGAUGUGGGAGAUAUUUUCUACAUCACUUGAAAUGAGACCUACAGAGAUUAAGGCAAGAAACAUACUAAAGGUAUACGUAACAGGAAUAGGACCUUGGAGGACCUAUGAAGUGAAAGUAUUUGAAGGUCAUCGGAGACCUCUGAAGACAAAGGACAGUGUGUCAGGAAAGCACUAUCGGAGCCGCCUGCACUACCUUGUUCGCAUAGUGUUGGUCCCCUGGACCACCUCCUGUUUUUAUCGGCUAUCACACGAUCCAAUAGAUCAUAUUACAUCGUA